UUGGAAACCUUCCUUUCCGUCGUAUAUGUAAAGAAUUUGGGGCCGAUAUUACAUGCGGUGAAAUGGCCAUGGCCACGAAUAUACUUCAAGGUCAACAAAGUGAAUGGGCAUUAAUGAAACGACACGUUAGUGAGGAUAUUUUUGGUGUACAAAUUUGUGGAUGUAAAGUUCAACAUUUGGUUAAAUGCGCCGAAUUAUUGAAUAAUGAAGUUGAGGUUGAUUUUGUGGAUGUUAAUCUUGGAUGUCCAAUUGAUAUCGUUUUUAAUAAGGGAGCGGGAACAGCUCUUUUAAAGCAUGAUGGAAAGCUUGGUAAAAUAUUUAGAGGAAUGGAUAGAGUCAUGGAUUUUCCAGUUACGGUAAAGCUGCGUACAGGUAUUCAAGAUGAGGUACCUUUAGCACACAAAUUGGUACCAAAAUUUGAGAAUUGG